AUGGGGGCCCCCGUGGCUCAGUUGUACAAGUCACCACCUUCUCCAUGGAUACCUCAUAUAACCUUGUACAAGGUCAUGGCGGCCAUUUUGGUCCUCACCCUGGUUGUGUUGCUGCUCUGCAUGAUUGCAGCUAUGUGGUGGUACAAAACGCGCCGCGCUUCUGAAGACAUGUGGAAGGAUCGCGGCCUUGGCGACUCAGCGCAACAACAACCACUGAUGUACCGCUCACGGAACAGCAUGCAGCUGGCAACACAGUCGGGGGAUAUGCUCAUGUGCAGUGGUGAUGAGGAACCUACCAAUGAAGCCGACAUCUUGCAUCAUGUACCUGAGCUUCCAGAAGAUGACGAAACAACUCUGACUCUGGAAGCAUUCAAGAGGUCUCCCAAGAAGCAAAUCACAAUUCUAGAGGAGAAGAUGUUAUCUAGCGAUGAGGAAGAUGGGGAGAAAGAAAUUAGACUGUCCAAGGAAAGGUUUGAGUCUCCAGCGAGAAAAAUACAUCAAGACAUUGCCAGAAGAAAAAGAAAACACAAAAGUAUCGAGAUGACAGCAUCGACCAUUCUGACCAAAUCAAGCGAAUGGUCUCAUCAGGAUGAGAAGGAAAGAGCCAAUCAGAUGGCUGGACACAAGAAGGGCCAGGGAGCCUAUGACAGCCAGGGCCAUCAGAUGACAACGUUUCAUCCACAGAUGGGUCAGAGCCAAAAAUCUGACGGUGAACUGUACAAUACUGGAAGCCUGAGGCGAUAUGAAAACAUGCAAAAUCUGCCAACAUCUGUGUCAGGACUGGUCAGUCCAAUAGAUGAAAGAAAGGACUUUCUAUCUCAUCAACAUGAUCAUCACCUAACAGAGGCCAUAAUUAGUAAAGAGCAAGAAGCUUUGAAAGAUCAAGAGACAAGGGCGUUUGAAAAUAAGAUUUAUGGUUCUAGAACAUCCCCUAGUGGAGUGAAAGCAUAUCAGAAAGGUGGAGACUAUAUCUAUGUCAAUGAUGUCCCUCCAAGUUAUGCCAGCCAUUCGGAGUACCCUGUACACUUGGACAGUGAUUCUCAUAGCCACAAACUAGGUCCCAGUUACAUCCCCAAAGACUUCUACCCCCCAUCCCCUAGUAUGUCCAGUAAAGAUGCUCCUACUGACAAGGAGCAGCCUUCGUCAGCCACCCCCAAACUGGUCACAUUUCAACAGCCAGACUCCAGUCUGCAACAGUCUGUUCAUGACACCCAAGGUCAUCUGUCCUCUUCCAACUCUGGGCCAGAUUUGACCUUCAAUAAACCCCCUGUCCCUCCUCCUCCUCCUCACAGUUCAGCUCCUCUCCCCAGUUAUCAUGGCAACACCUCCACCACACAAAAUGGAAGCCAGUCAUCAGGGACAGGGAAUGCUGGCUCAGCAGCUCUCAGGAACAGGAACAUCCAUGUGGCAAUCGUUUGCUCUCUAUGCAUGCUAGGCCUGGUGACAGGAGUGUACAGUCAGAUGAUCACAGAGACAGAGGUUAAACUCUUAGUUCUGUCUCCACCUGGCUUCCUCUGUCAAACAAAUCUGCUGUUUAUUUCAACAAGGACCAUCCUGGAGAAGUCAGAGCAGAACAUAUUCGAUCUAGCGUACAGUGGUUUGAGGGUACCAUCAGCUCGCCUGGUGAAUGUGAACUCCACUCUGUGCCAGGAUCACCUGUGUCCCCAUGGCUUUGGUCUCUAUGGUGGUGUUGUUGUUGUUGCUACUGUAGACGUGGAUGAGUGCUACGAGGGCUGGGCCAAGUGCUCACCUUAUGCCAGCUGUCAGAAUACGCAGGGCUCCUACCGCUGCAUCUGCGGCCAAAGUUACUAUGGUGAUGGUUUUACAUGUAAAGCUUGCCGCACUCCAUGUAGAGAAGGGACGUUCGAGGUACAGCCUUGUACUGCUGAAUCCAAACAGCAGAAAAUAUGUAAAGCGUGUACAGAGGUCUGCCAUGAGGGGUUCUACAUGCACAGAGAGUGUACCCCUGCCCAUGAUGCCGUCUGUAGAAUCUGCCAGCCAAAAUGUGCAGACCAUCAGUAUGAACAUUCUGUCUGUUAUGGUAAUCAAACCAGAGAGUGUAAAGAGAAGGAAGCCAUGCCCGAGCCAUUGACCUCUGACAAUGUUUUGAUUGAAGACCUUACUGAUGUCAAAGAUCACACAUUUGGCAUCCGUGAAGACAACAACUUUGACAUAACACAAAAUAACUCAUUCAAGAUCUGCAGAGGAUCUAAUUUGUCAGUUACGAUAGAGCUGAAAGAGCUGAGGAUUCGCCCCCAGUUAGAACCUGUUAACUUCAAGUCGGCUGUGGGGAGGGGCGUGUUUCCAGGGUUACCGAAGAUCACCUCUGACUAUUGCCCCCGGCCCCUUCCUCGCUAUUACAAGCUGACAGCUAGGAUAUACAAGGAUGUGACCUACAACAUGGGCCAGACAUGUUCCCAUGGCAACUGCCGCACAGAACCAAAGCCAUGUGAGACAUUCCGCACAUACGGUAACUUCCCGCGCCUUCAGCGUCGCUAUGAUGACUUCACAUUGGUGUGCACAGACUCAGGACCUCUGUCUCAUCUGUUUGGUGUGGACCAGGAACUUACGGCAGCAACGUCCUUCAGGGCUGAAGUCUCCCACAGUUGUGCCUCUCGCCUGUCAGAUUGUAAUGACUGUACACGUGAAUGCGCUCGUCAGGUCUACCUAGAUAAAGGUGACUGUGAAAUCAAAGGUGAUGACGGGGACAACGGCUGGUCACCACGGUUGGAGGCCUGUUACACAUGCUGCAUGGAGCCACGCUGUAUGGAUGUCUGUAAAAACUACACCCUCUCUGACUGUUCACCUCAAAUGUGUCGUAAAGGCAGUUUGGUGGAGUUCAAAUUGGAACCUGUCUAUUCUAAGGCUGCUAGUGAGUUCUACUGCAAUGUUCAGCCUAUCAAGAACCAGCUGCUUGUCAGAUUUGAAUAUUCAGUGGAACAUAAAGGUCAACUGCUGAACAAGAAAUCUGUGUCGUUAUUUGGGGAUGAGAACUGGUUAAGACAUGGUCACACACAGAGAAGUGACUCCUUGCUGGACUUUGAGGUGGUCAAUCAUGUGACAAGUGUCCCGGAUGUCGUAUCAGGGGACAUAACCACGCCGACAUACUCGGCAGGGAAUUACCACAGGACAGGGGAGAUGGUAACUCCCACAGGCCAGUCAGCUGUAUACCUUCACCCCACAGAGCCCUUCAGGAUCACACCGUCUAUGUGGAAACAGAGUUUAUGCUCAGAUGACAUCGCUGCCAAAGCAUUCAGAGCAAGCAAGAGGGAUGUGCCAGUUACCAAACUGACAGAUCUCAGUGUCAAUAUCGAAGGUCGUCAGAUUUUCUCCGUGGCCAACACGACGUCUCCUCCACAACUGGAACUCCACCUUGGUGCACACAUGUCGGUGCUCGGUGCCAUCUACCCACGCACUGAAAUCAGCUACGAGACACUCACAGGAUCGAUCUCCCAUAACAACAACCAAUGGUUGAUCAGCGUUGAAGGUCAUGUGACCAGUUGUCCUGGAGUCCUGUCCGUGAAUGUCUCAGACACAAAUUACAAAAGUCAGCCACUCUUUGUUUACGAUAUCCUGGUCAAGUGCCCAAGGUCAUUCAGGUUGACCUCUCGUAUGCCAACUGGUGAUCACCCCAGAAUGGGCCGAGACUUUACUGUCAGCGUUCGGGAUGCCAACAAGACCAUUCACCUGAUGCUGCAUCGUCCCCGUAUGCCCAAGGCACACGACACGCCCAACCCCGAGGCUGCUCUCUCAGACAAGAAAGACACAGACAAAUCCAUGUCUGAGCCAUCAGACGAGGACAGUGACUUUCCCUUCUCCGUGCCGUUCGUGGCAGCAGUGUCUGGCGCCAUUGUUCUCCUACUCUUCAUGGCAGCAUUUGGCAUCUUUAUCACACCAGGUGACCCAAAUACAGAUGAUGUGUCACAUUUUGAGCUGCGUCACCUGGUAUUUGCUGUAAUCUAUUUCACCUUCCAGUUUGUGUACUGUCUGGUGAUCUCCCUUACCACAUUUGUGCUGCUGUGGAUUGCUCUUAAUAGUGAGUCGGUGUCCUUUAUACAGCAGUACCGUCACCAGACCGUGUUACAGAAGGCGCUCAACAGCCUGGAGUUGGCCAAGAUGCAGCGUCACCUGCUGACAGAAAUGAGACGACAGAGUGUGGAGGCUAACCUCACAAAAUCUGCAUGUGACCUUGAGAUACGCAGAGUUAUCACAGAGGUCGAACAGAAGAAGCAAGCACUUUCUCUGGCAACUACUCCAGAUUUGUGGAAGGAAAUGAGUGAGAAGCUCAUCAGCCAUACUAAGAAAGUUUUAGAGGAAUUUUCAGAGCAGCUAACAAGAGCAAGAGACAACUACAACUAUUAUGCCAACUACUUGAUGGAGAAGUUGGUGUUUGACAUCCAGCAGAGUUAUGUGAGCUUGGCCUCCAGUCGAUGGCUGGACGGAGCCAAGUUCAUCCACGGCACCGUCAAGAACUUCCGAACGCUGUUAAAACGACAGGACAACCGACCAUUCAUGGAGUGGAUGGGACUGGAAUCUAGUUUUUCACAGUUUGCAGUUGGAAUUGAUUUGUCUAUGCCGAAACCACCGUUACCACUCCUGGGUGAUUUUGUUCCUGGGGAAGAAUCAUAUCGCCCUCCAAACGCAGAAUCUGCCUCAUCAUCGUUUGUUGCUGUGCCACCCAUUGUUCACGUCUACAACCUGUGGUUCAAUGGUGACCAAGGCGAUGACAUCGCUCCAGUUUACCGCACUGUCUCGGAGGACAGCCCACCGCCCACUCAGACUACGGGCUUGACAUUUAAAACAGAGCUGAUUAUCUUCAUUGUUUUCAUGGCAAUUAUAGACUUUCUGUGGUUAGUUCACCGAUUAGUGAAGGCAUAUCGGGUCAGUCGACUCCUCCUUUGUGGAUAUCCACUGUACGUGGACUGCAGUGAAAACAAAGGCGAGACAUCUUCGGAAAGAGCCCAGCACUGCCCCCUGGUGACAUGCUGUGUUAGUAAGAAACAAAGCGCUGUGAAAAGACUCAUCACCAAGACACUAUCAAGUCUUUUCAUACCCAAACUGGUUGCCGUGGUGAUGACCUGCUUGAUUGUGUAUGUUGCCAUGGUUGUGAGCUCUAAGCUGGUCAGAAAGGAGACAUUGGCAGUUGUGGGCUAUUACAAUGAUGUGGAAAAUCUGUUGUCACUCAACAAACAAAUGGUUAACAAACGUCUUCAAGCCAAUGCAGAACGCAUUAACUCUGUGGAAUACCCAAUUUAUCAAGAUUUACUCAAUAUGUAUGUGAAGCGCCACCUGAUGUUGCUAGAGAUGACAAGACAGCAGCAUGUGGCAGAUAAUAUUACCACAGAGGACUCAAAGUUACCUCCCUUCACAGAUGGAUUCACUUGUCAGUUUCCAAAAUUACAAGCUCAGCUAUACAAAAGAAAGCCUCACACAGAGGACCUGCUCAUAGACAAGCACGCUGACCCACUACUACAGGCUGUCAGGAGGCUCGUCACAGACACAUGCUUCCUCAUUCUCCUCUACCUGGCUGUUGUCGCACUCAAACAGCUGCUCAGCAUGGUCAUCUGGCUUUACGUGAAAAGGGCAGGACUCAUUCACCUCUGGAUAAUUUACGAAACCAAUGCUGAUGAAAUUCGGGUGCAAGAAAGAUAAGGGAUGAAGGGUGUUCUUUGCAUAGCUGUAGAGGUUGGAGGUCAGCUGUGUCAAACCUGUAAGGAGAG